UAGACCAGUCAUGACUACCGACCAAGGGCCUCGUAGGCCAGUCGACUCGGGCCAUUUAUAGCAACCGGCUACGGGUCUCCUGGGCCACUUGACUCAGCCAGUCUGUUUGUUGGUUAAGGGCAUGAAUUUGCCAAUCAGCUGGGAAAGUUUUCAUAAAGUUUUACCGUAGUGUAUGACAAUAUAGUGAUGUCUGUAGUGAUGGCAAUAUUAACUUACACUGUUACAGCUCAGAGGGCACUCAUGGCCGGCUACAAACCGCUUCUAGUGGUCGCCAUUGAUAUGGGUACAACCUAUUCGGGUUACGCCUUCUCCUUCCAACACGAGUUUCUGGCUAAUAAACUGAAGAUCACAACCAACAAGGUUUGGCAAGAUGGAUACAACCACCUGCAUACGUCGUACAAAACCCCGACCUCUGUGCUGAUAGACCCUGAGUGGCAGUUUCACAGUUUCGGAUAUGAAGCCGAGGCUAAGUAUUCGGAUCUCACCAAAAACAAGGGCGAGAAAAACUGGCUAUUAUUCAGACGAUUCAAGAUGAACCUUUACAGAUGUGAGAUAAGCGAAUCUAUGGAGUUAGAGUCGCUGUCCGGACAACGUUUUAAUGCUCUCAGUGUAUUCGCCAUGUCAAUACGGUACCUUAAGGAGCAUCUUAGCCAAAGUCUUCCGCAGCAGGUCGCUGAUUCAGAGAUCCAGUACGUGAUCACAGUACCUGCUAUAUGGGACGAGGAUGCCAAACAGUUCAUGAGGAAAGCCGCUGUACAGGCCGGGAUUCCCAGUGAGCAAGUCACCCUGGCCUUGGAACCGGAAGCGGCGUCCAUUUUCUGUCAGGCUCUGCUGGCAACCAAAGGCUCAGGGGGCGAUAUGAGUGACCCAGACGACAUCUCGGCAACAGGAUCACGCUACAUUGUCGUGGAUGCCGGAGGUGGGACAGUAGACACGACAGUCCAUGAAAUCGUCAAAGGAGAGCUUAAAGAACUACACAAGGCCAGCGGGGGAGGGUGGGGAGGCACUCAAGUGGACCAGGAAUUUCAAGAUCUUCUGAUGGAGAUUUUCACGACCAAAGUUAUGCAUGAGUUCGGCAAAAAAUACAAAUCUGACCAACUUGAACUUGAAAGAGAGUUUGAGAUAAAUAAACGAAGAGUGUCACACAAUGAUCAACAAAUUGCUAGCUUCCGGUUGCCUGCGUCUCUGCGGGAGGUGUUUAGCCUGUACAACACGUGUUCAUUAGAGGAACAUGUUUCCAAUUCACGAUUUGCGGGGCUCGUGAGGUUUACAGGUGACAAGAUGAGAAUCAAUGGCAAAGUGAUGCAGAAUUUGAUGAAACCCACCAUCCAGAAGAUCGUUAGUCAUGUGGAAACACUCAUGGCGGAUCCCAAGUGCUCAGGGAUUUCCCACAUCUUACUGGUAGGCGGGUUUUCAGAUUCGCCAUUUCUUCAAGAAAAUUUUCGAAAGAACUUCCCGACUGUGGUGGUGGUGACCCCACUGGACGCCGUUUUGUCUGUGAUGAAGGGUGCGGUGAUAUUCGGCCAUCACCCUGGGGUCAUUCGUAUCCGCCUGGCCACAUUCACUUAUGGCUUAGACACCUGUACAGAGUUUGACGCACGGGUACAUGAUCGUAAAAAGAUGGUUGUAGUGGAGGGAGAAAGAUUCUGCAAUGAUAUAUUCUGCAGAUUUGUAGCCAUGAACGAAGAAGUUCCGUUUGGGAAAGGGACGGAGGAGGAAGUGUACUCUCCGAUGUGUACCGGUCAGACGGAGAUGGAAUUCCCUGUGUUUAAAUCCACGGAGGAAAGCCCCAUGUAUACAACAGACCCCUCCUGUACGCUACUGGGCACGUUCAUUGUCCCCAUGCCGGCCUUGAUGGGGGAGAGGAAUCGUGAGGUAGGUGUCAGGUUUGUAUUCGGUGGCACGGAGCUGAUGGUGAAGGCAGAGGAGAAGACAACGGGCAAGCUGGUCGAGGCCGCCUUCAACUUCAUCACCAAAUAAGUAAAUUCAUUAACCCCGCUCCGGCUGAGGGCUCCCUGUUGGGAGAGUGGAUCUUCUCCGAUCAGCUUCGUUAUAAAUUGGCUUGAUGGAUUAAUUAUUAAACAAAUACUGAUGAACAUAAAAGGUUGGCAGUAACCGUUUACGUAACCAACCAACUCAUUCGAACACUAUCCGGCUUGAUGGAAGACAUUUAACCAAGACACUGCGACAUACACACAGACCCCCCCCCCCCCCAAAAAAAAUGGUCGGCUUAACCGGUUUUAAACUGUAUUGUAAGCUGUUAAUCACGA